GAACCGCGUACAUCGUCACGACAUCGACGACACUCCGGGAUUUUCUGCCACAGAGAACAGUUUGAUUCACACACAGUAGUCUCGUACUUUAUCAAUUUGCGCCCAAGACUACUGUAAACUUCACGGGCAAUUACCCGUCCCUGUAGUGCAACUGUUUUCACUGAAAAAAAGUGAUAGUGUCAACAAUACUGUAACACGGCUAAGUGUAUCUUUAACCUGAUAUCUUCACGAUAUACGUGUCCAUUGACUAUCUAUUGGUCGGUGAAUAAACUGUGUACUUCACAGCUAUAUGAACAUGAUCGCAUACGUGAUCGCAGUGCUCUUUUACACUACCUGUGAGUGUUUAAUUCCAAAUAAUACAAAUGUAGGAACACUCUUUCAAUCUUUCGACGAGGAGAGUCCGUAUUUGAACAAAGUGAAUAACAUUGUUGAAAGAAAAGGAAGAGCUACUCUGUCUUAUCCAAACACAGGUGUGAAUGGAAUGAUGGGUUUCGCUAAAGCGGCACGUGUUACCGGUGGAACAGCAGGCCCUGUUGUGUUUGUGUCUACUGUCGACGAAUUUAGAAAAGCUGUUGCGGGUUCAGAUAAAAAAAUUGUGGUUAUCAAUCGCAACUUGAUUGCUAAUACUCUGACGAAGGUUUCCUUCGGCGCGAACAAAUCAAUUAUUGGUUCGUACGGUAACAACAUUUUGCACAACGUGCAUCUACGGGCCAGUCAAACCUCAGGAAAUGUUAUUUUCCAAAAUAUCGUUUUCCGGCAUGAUGAGAAAAUUAAAGAUAACGAUGACAUCCAACUGUAUCUGAACUAUGGAACGGGUUAUUGGGUAGACCAUUGCUACUGGCCUGGACAUAACUGGAAUGGUGCUGACGGUAGUACAGAUAAGUUAAUUUAUGUUGGAGAUAAAGCGAACUAUGUGACUAUCAGCCACUGCCAUUUUAAAAGUCACAAAUACGGCUGUAUUUUCGGUCAUCCUGCCGAUGACGAAAACAUGCAAUAUCUCGGCUAUCCACGUAUAACUAUUUGUCACAACCGCUUUGAAAAUAUGGAGGUUCGUGCCCCAGGACUGAUGCGCUAUGGUUACUAUCACGUGUACAAUAAUUAUAUCAAUAAUUUCCAUCUGAGUUUCACCUUCUUGUCACACGCCAAUAUUGUCUCCGAGUCAAAUUUCUUGGGUGCAGGAUCUGAGAACAGGGGACAUUUAGAUGACAAGGGGAAUGCAAAAUUCACAGAUCGUGAUAGUGUACCUAAGCUGACUGCAAGAUUGUCAUCCCCGGCCGACUGGACACCAAGUUCUAACUAUAAUUACAAACGUAUGACUGCUGCCGAAGCGAAGAUCUGGAAUAUUGCACAUUCAGGAGUGGCUGCUUCUGCAAAUCAACUUCAUUUCGCUGAAUAAGAUUUGUCAGUAAUCGACAGGACAGGGCAUUAGUGAAGGGGAGCCUAAAAUUUAAAUUGCUUAGAUGUCUGUUUUUUAUCUGUUCACUACAACGACAGAGAUAGGCGCGCUAGAUAUGAAAAGAAACUUAUGAUAUUCACUCCAAACUGCCAAGAGUUUCGUCUAUUACGGAAAACAUAGUAUUCAGUUACUUUGAACGUAUUGCUGUAUAAAGAAAAACUUCAUACAUGGCCAGUUUUGUUGUAAAUAAAUACUAGAAAAUGUU